UAACAUUGGAAAUUUCUGUAUUUAAAGGGCAGUUUGGGUUCCGGACAGGGCAGAGCUAUUUGGUCUCGUGGCACUCUGUUUGAGUCUCUGGCCAGCAACACUUUUUCCAUACGUUGUUUCAGAUGGCCUCUGCCUCACUUGUCUCUUCAGCUCUAAAAAGGCUGCAAGGCAAGGUGGCUCUCGUUACCGGAGCAGCUAGCGGCAUCGGGGAAUGCACUGCCAGACUCUUCUCCAAACAAGGAGCUAAAUUAGUGAUUGCAGAUGUCCAAGACGAGUUAGGCCGCUCUGUAUGCCGAGAACUGGAUGCAGAUGAUGCCCACUGCUCAUUCGUCCACUGCGACGUUACCGCAGAAGAAGAUGUCCAAAAUGCUGUUAAUACAGCUGUUUCUAAGUACGGGAAGCUUGACAUCAUGUUCAACAAUGCAGGUGUAAUUGGGGCAGCCAAACCCAACAUCCUUGAUAAUGAAAAAUCAGAAUUUGAAAAAAUCAUUAGUGUUAAUUUAGUAGGUCCAUUCCUGGGGACUAAGCAUGCAGCUCGUGUAAUGAUCCCCAAUCGCCGAGGGAGUAUAAUUACAACUGCCAGUGUUUGUUCAGUAAUUGGAGGGGUAGCAUCUCAUGCUUACACUAGUUCAAAGCAUGGCGUGGUGGGUCUGAUGAAAAAUACUGCUGUGGAAUUGGGUCAAUAUGGGAUUCGUGUGAACUGUGUCUCGCCGUACGUGGUUGCCACCCCACUGGCAAAGGAUUUCUUCAAGCUGGAUGAUGAUGGUGUGUAUCGGCUUUAUUCUAAUCUCAAGGAGGCUUUGCUUAAACCAGAAGAUGUGGCUCAGGCUGCUCUUUACUUGGCUAGUGAUGACUCCCAGUAUGUGAGCGGCCAUAAUCUGGUGGUAGAUGGUGGAUUCACUGUUGUGAAUCCAGGUUUCUGUAUGUUUCCACAAUCGGUGUGACAUAUGACUUCGUGUAUUUUGUACUAAGAAAAGGAAUUAAAGUAAAUAAAAAUCUCAAGAUCAUGAGAAUUUUAUA